AUGUCACCAGGGGUAUCCAUGCGCCACACAUGUCACCGGGGUCGCAGUGCGGCCAUCGCCUCUGUCAGGGCGGUGGUCGCCGCCUGGAGGUGCCUGGGCUCGUGCAGGGCGGUCACCAGCACCCUGCGCGGAGUGGAGGGGUGUCGAAUGGAUGGGCAACAGGGUUUGUGUGGGAAUGGUCGCACGUGCAGAGGGCAGGCGACCCCUCCAACCAUCAUCUCCACGGCCUCAGGCGCACGCGCCUGA